GCUUCCAAUUCUUCUUGCUUGCGAUGUAAGUCUCUCGUGUAGUAAGCUUUUCUUCUAUCGAUGGAUUUCAUAUAUACCACUUUCCUUCCCCACCGACUCUCAUCUUAAUUUGUCCUUCCAAACUACCACAUCGGAAGCAAAACUCACACUUAAAUCCUCUCAUUCUCGAUGAAGUCAACCACCAUGCAAGCUCCUCAUCUCCUCCUCCUCCUCAUUCUCCUCACCCAAACGACAUCCGCACUUCCACCACCAAAAACGCAAGCCUGCACCUGCACAGUAGUCUUCGGUAACAAAGCCGCGCAAUCAAUCGCCAAAGCGACGGUCAACUCCACUAUUGGUCUCACAGGCGAGGACAAAUCGAAGAAAGCUGGCUCGGCCGAUCUGCUGGUUGGGAGUGGAUGUGUGGCUGCCGUUAGUAAUGAGAGUGUGAAUAGUUGUGUUACGAGCCAGAGUUGUACUGUGGCUUGAGGAGGUUAACAAGGGCGGUUUGGACUGAGGAGAUGAGAGAACUAUUGGGAAUAUACUUAGGCUUGGUGUGAAAGGAAUGGGCUUCCCGGCGACCCUGACAGCAGGUGUUUUAGAUACCUCGAAAGACUUUUCUUGUCCCAAAAUCUCAUGCUGCAAACUAUGGGUAUGCCCUCUCGGCGCAUUCUCAGGGGCUAAGCGAGAACAAUCAUAU